AUGGUCCUAUCAACCCUACUCGGCUUUCCAUUUCUAUUGCUGCUUCUCAAGCAUCAUGACGGUAAUUAUUCUGAUAGUUUCUCGUCUAAACCUAGUAACCAUCUCAAACAAAUUGAUCAUUCUGUAACCACUAUACACACCACUGAUGUGAAUGGUGAUUUUAACUAUCACCGGAGUUUACCUAGCAAAACCGAUACAACAGAUACGUCUCAUUUCUCGGCCAGCACCGCCUCUGGAACGACGACGGUGAUUCCGCGUCAUAAAUCAAGACAUAAGUCAAAAUAUCGACCAUAUGCAGGGAUGAUGAAUUUGGGUGCAAGGAAGCUCACUGCACCCAAACACAAUCAGUCCACGAAUCGAAAGGUCCCUUCAAAAUCGCAAGCAACUGUAGUUGCUUCCUCAUCAUUGAAUCGACCAGCUGUAGAUGCUAAUCAAGCCAAUCGAUUGCCCUCACCAUAUUCAGUGAUACCGUUUCGGAAGGCCGGUACUGAACACCGAACGUUCAUACCGAAUACGAGUGCUAAUAGUAAUAAUACUGACCCUAGUACGAGAGUUUUCCCACUCAAUUACUAUAUUCAAUCACCAGUUGUUGUCGAUAAGCCGAAUAUUCGUUAUCGUGCUAACGAGCUAACAAGAGCAGACAUUGAACGUGCUAUGCAAUUACGUGAGUUUUUUUUUUUUGACUAUUCCACCAAUCUUGCAUCACAAUCAAACCAGAUCAUAGUGUUCGCUGGUUUAUGA